UUAAGUAACUCUAAAAUGGUGUCUUCAAGCAAUGGACGGCAAAAAAGAAGAAGACAAUAUUGCUGAAACAAGAUCGCCCAUUGUUUGCUUGCCUUGCACCCCUCAUUUUCAGAAAAAAACCAUCGUCAUGGUUCAAUGUUCCUAUACACACACACACAUACACACAUAUACAUAUAUAGAUAUAAAGAGAAAAAAAAAAAAAAGAAGCCCCAAACAGUUCACGAGCUCUCUCAUCUGUAAAAUUUCUUUCUCAAAUCUCAAUUCGGAUCCCCAGAAAGAAAAAGUAUAGUUUCUUUUUGAGUUAAACAAUUUCACGAGCCAAAACCCAUUUCUUCAACAACCCAAUCAAACGAUCGUUGUUUUGCCACGUUUUACAACCACAAAAAACCCAAUCACCGACUAAGCUUUGAUCUGGGUUUUUUUCAGAAUAUCAGAUGAUAACGUGAUGUGAGAGGUUUUGGGUUUUGCUUCUUUCAUAUUUUUCCUCUUUGGGUUUAGUUUUUCUUUUUUUUUUUUGCGGGGGAUUUUAAAGUGUUUUAAGCUUUGACUGAAAUGGAUCGACCAGCAAUGGGAGCUGGGAUGGAUUUGCCAAUUAUGCAUGAUAGUGAUCGUUAUGAAUUGGUUAAAGAUAUUGGUUCAGGGAAUUUUGGGGUUGCUAGGUUGAUGAGAGAUAAACAUACUGAUGAGCUUGUUGCUGUUAAGUAUAUCGAGAGAGGUGAGAAGAUAGAUGAAAAUGUACAAAGGGAAAUUAUCAAUCAUAGGUCUCUAAGGCAUCCGAAUAUCGUCCGGUUCAAAGAGGUCAUAUUAACACCAACACAUCUAGCUAUUGUGAUGGAAUAUGCUGCUGGAGGAGAGUUGUUUGAACGGAUAUGUAAUGCAGGCCGGUUUAGUGAAGAUGAGGCUCGGUUUUUCUUUCAACAGCUUAUAUCAGGAGUGAGUUAUUGUCAUUCAAUGCAAAUAUGCCACCGGGACUUGAAAUUGGAGAACACAUUACUGGACGGGAGUCCAGCUCCUCGUUUGAAGAUUUGUGACUUCGGGUAUUCCAAGUCCUCGUUAUUACAUUCUCAACCAAAAUCGACGGUCGGAACUCCGGCUUAUAUUGCUCCUGAAGUGUUACUCAAGAAAGAAUAUGACGGAAAGGUUGCAGAUGUCUGGUCUUGUGGGGUUACCAUAUAUGUUAUGUUGGUUGGAGCAUAUCCGUUCGAAGACCCCAAGGAUCCAAGAAACUUCCACAAAACAAUACAUCGGAUUAUACAUGUCCAGUACUCAAUCCCGGAUUACGUCCAUAUAUCCCCCGAGUGCCGUCAUCUGCUUUCGAGGAUUUUUGUUGCUGACCCGGCAAAGAGGAUAUCCAUUCCUGAAAUUAAGAAUCACGAAUGGUUUCUAAAGAACUUACCAGCAGAUCUCAUGGAUGAGAACUCGAUGAACGACCAGUUCGAAGAACCCGAUCAACCUAUGCAAAGUGUUGACGAGAUAAUGCAGAUCAUUUCCGAAGCUACUAUCCCUGCAACGAAUAUGAAUAAUCUCGAUUCUUAUUUGACCGGUAGCUUGGACCUUGAUGAUGAUAUGGAAGACCUUGACAAUGAUUCCGAACUAGAUAUUGAUAGCAGUGGAGAGUUAAUAUAUGCGAUGUGACUCUCACCAUGCUCGUGUACUAAUCUAGGGUGGUCAACUGAUGUUAAUCUAAGUUUAUUCUAGGAAAUUCGGGAGAGUUUCUCGGAAGAAUCCAGUAUUUGUUGCAAUUAGCUUUCAAAAUGAAGUGUUUAUGUUCUUUUAAUGAAAACCUUUGUCUUUUAACUGCAAUGAUGACUCCUUGUCUCUCCAUUUUCAUAAA